AUGCCUAAGUGUUCAACAGCACAGGAUUCGGUGAAUUUCGAAGAAUACACAACAGAAAAUGAUGUCAAACUGAUAAAUCAUGAAACCAUCAUAAGGGACUGUAGUGUUGGGUCUAAUUCGAUUAGUUCUGAGAACAGCCCUGGAUUUAAUCUUCCAAAGAAUGGACUGAUUGCUUCUGCCCUGGAGAUACCUAAUUCUGUAUGUUUAUCCUUCGAACAUGUUGAUCCACAAAUGGACUGCACUUCUCGCUCACCCAAGAUAGACGAAGAAGUGGUUCAGGAUGUAAAACGUUUGGACUUAUAUGAUAAACAACCAAAGGAUUUAUGCACCGAACAACAGCUAGAACCUGUUAAAAGGGAAGAUUCUAGACACAAUGAGACACUACAAGAUGAUGAAUCGAAGUAUGACCCUAUUAGUCCAAAGAAGUACAAUGAAGUUAUUAUUGAUGGUUUCGCUAUUCUUUCGUUCAAAACCAAGGAAGAUAUGUUGGAAUUUACUAAGCUGAGUGAAUCACAGAGUCCUGGAACUGAUCCACUACUCGAACAGACGUAUAAACGAGCUCGUCGAUGUGGUAUACCGAAGCGUAAGCGUACAAAAGGCUUUUUGAAGCAGACACUAUACAAAAAUGGCGCGAAUAAUAAUACUAUGACAACAACAAAAAAUACACUUACAACAUGCAUAUUUGACUAUUAAGCCAAGUAUGUUGUAUGCGAAGACUGUCUGGCCGCUAAACCCCUCAGUAGAAGGAAGUGGUGAGGUGUGAACUUGUAACGUACGGGUUGGAAGUCAAGUCCCACCAAAAACAGCGCUAGUAAACAGCUCGUGUUUUGACAGUUUUCAGUUAUAAUUUCGUGCUUAAAUGAGUUUAAAAAAACUUUCGAUCUACUGAUGAGUGAAAUCAAUAGAAAUUGGUAAUCGUAGAUCGUCAGAAUCAGACUGUAAAAGUACGAUCUCUUUUAGGAUCGUUACUGUGUGCACUACGUAGGAGUAUCAGACAUCGAUAUCAUAGUAGCAGUAUGUAUUGGAUCAAUUUUGAGUGACUAAUGGUAAUCAUAACAACUUUCCAACUGGCUGUAGAAGCUGCGGUUUUAACAUAUGUUGGUGUAGUAGUAGUAGUAGUAAUGAUAGUAAUAAUAAGAAUAAUGGUUUUAUCACUAAUAAGGAUGAAAAAGUGAGGCAAUCUAUGAUAACACGAAUAUUGAAAAAACAGCAUGGUUAAACAAACAAAUGUUCAGAUGGAAGUAGUUGAUAGAGCCUAGUAAAAACAAAUGAACCGAUUUAGUAAUGUUAGACUGAUUGUAAGGGAAGUAAAUGAGACACGUUUAUAAUGAAGAUGUAAUAAGAUUAAGGGAUGAUAAGAAAGGGGUUUAAAAUGUAAACAAGGGGUGGUGUAGAAGUCAUUA